CAUAAUAAUAACAAUAAUAUGGUUUUCAACAAAUUACUGAAGAGACAAAAAAAUCUUAAGUCAGAUCUAAUGAGGACAACGCCUGCUGGCUGAGGAACGAUUUGGGGGUUUCACUGCAGCUGCAAUGUCUUGUUCCCUUUGUGGAGUCUGAACUCGGGGGUGUGAAUGAGCUGGGACUCGCGGCUGGUUGGAGAGCUGGUGACAAACACUCCGGAUUUGCCCCUCAGAACGCCGAGCAAUAACCUGACGGACACUCACUCAAACAUCUUAAAUUCCUCAGCAGCAUUUAUCCUCGAAAGUAACAGGACAGCUUCGGCUAUUUCAGGAGAGACCGGGAAGUGGCCAAACAAUGGACACAGAGAGCGCGUUUUAUCGCUGAAUGUUCACGGAACGGGAUUGAUGUUUUGCGAAGACCGCUGCGCGAACCGGGCCGUGGAGCCUCAGAGCGAAGGGAAGGACAACAGAAGUCAAAAGAGACGGCGCUCAACAAAGGAGGGGAAAGCAGGACGCAUGUGUGCAGAGAAGCAGUGCCCUAGAUCUGUAUAGCAUCAGAGUUGCUCUGCCAUUCAGACUCCUUUCAUGCUGUUGUGGGCAGCAGUUUCCCUACCCGCACCUGGAAAAACAAAGAGAAUUAGUUCAGUGGCAGCACAUCUCCAUGCGUAAAUGGAGACGCAUCGGUGCGUAUUCGCUGUACUUUUUCAUUAUGCGUAUAAUAAACGAUGUUUGUUUUGUCAUUAACUCAUGCCCUGUCCCAUGACCACACUGGUAUAGAUGCAUUAUAGACUUCCUCAUACUUCAUAUCUGCCAUGAGUGAUGGCGAUGCCUGCAGAAUCUGACAGCACCGGUGCGCCAAGCAGCACUUAUGAAAAAAGCUUCAGCGCACCGGAUCGCAAUGGUUAUGUGAAAACAUGUGUCAUCCCACUGUGCCGUGACCGAGAUUACGAGUCGUGGGUGAGGCUAAUGUUCUCAAAAAUAUGGACUUCCCAGAGACUCCGGAGUGCGGUGUGUGCGGGGUCGCUUUCGGUUUUUCUCGCUCUGUUGGUCAAAUGUGUAGACUGGAGAGCAGAAGCCAGCAGCAGCAGCAGCAGCGCUGAAAACAGACUCUCGCAUUCAUCGUCUCCCCUUCACUUCGGUUCAGGCUGCGCGGCGGAGCUGUUGCAAACUUGCUGGAGUGUGGUUUCGCCAUUGUUCACCCUCGUAUGUGCCUUCUUUUGGGUCGGUGUCUACUUGAUCCGCUGCGGGGUUCUAAUCCAGACCGCCCUGUCCCUUCUAACCUUGUGCCACCUGGGUGAAGCAGCGGCGUGGUCUCUCCUGGACGGGACAGAUGAGCAGCUCUUUUCAUUCACGACAGCAGCCGUGGUCGUGCUCAUCUGCGUGGCCACCGGCGCACUCAUGGUAGCACGGCUGAAUCAGGGCAUAUCUGUGAUCCUUUUCAUCAGCAUAGUCAGGACUAUCUCGCUCUUCUCGCUGCACAAAGUACGGGCCACUUGGAGACCGUACGUAGCGUACCUGGUCGGAGUUCUGGGCAUCCUGCUGGCGAGGUAUGCUGACAAGCUCCUUCCCAACCAAGGGAGACACAAGGAGGGCUGCACCCCCGUGACUGGAGCCAGGGAAGAGAUCCCUGUAUUUAAAAGGCGCAGGAGGUCCAGUUCUGCGAUAGCCUCAGACAUGGCACACAGUCAGUCCAACAGUAAGUCACAUCGGCGGACCUCUCUGCCAUGCAUCCAGAGGGAUCAGAUGCUCCCCCGCUCGGACUGGGACCACAAGAGAGGCUCCCGAGGAUCACAGUCAUCAGGCACCACCGUCAUGGUGGACAUAGCAGUGAUGGGAGAAGCUCACGGACUAAUCACGGACCUGCUGGCUGAUCCCUCUCUGCCUCCCAACACCUGCACCUCUCUGCGGGCCGUGAGCAACCUGCUAAGCACCCAGCUCACCUUCCAGCCUCUGCACCGCCCACGCCCCGCUCCCCUGCUUAACCCCAACGAUGCCUACACCCUCUCCGACUCUGAGGAGGGACCUGAGAAAGGAGAAAAGACAUCCUUCCACAAGCGUCUGAGGAGAAGUCUCCACCCUGGUCUUUUGAGGAGGAUCUCUUCCACGUGGACCACCACCACCUCCGCCACAGGCCUGCCCACCAUUGAGCCUGGGCCCGUCCGCAGGGACCGCAGCUCCAGCAUCAAACCCUACCAUGAAACACUCACCUGCAGUUGUGGGAGACCAUACAUCAAACUGAGCCACGGGGAGGGCUCAAUAGACAAGGGAGACAGGAUACCUCGGUCAGCAGAGGACCAAGUGGUUGUGUCAUCAGACUAUGACAGCACCCACGAAGCCAACCACAGUGACAGCAGUGAUGUAGCACAUACAGAGGAGAACGCAGAGGAAGGAAAAAACCCUGCCCAGAAUGUCAUCCUCCAUUCACUAAUACCUCCUGAGGACAAACCAAUUCUGGCUCCAGAACCUUUUAUAAUGGAGGACUUAGAGCCUUUGAUGAGUCAGCUAAACAAUUGGAACUUCCCCAUCUUCAGUUUGAUGGAGAAGACCAAUGGGAAAUGUGGACGAAUCCUCAGUCAGGUCUCCUACAGGCUCUUUGAAGACACUGGCCUGUUUGAGACCUUCAAGAUCCCUGUAAAAGAAUUCAUGAACUACUUCCAUGCCCUUGAGAAUGGUUACAGAAACAUACCAUAUCACAACAGGGUCCACGCCACAGAUGUGCUCCAUGCAGUUUGGUACCUCACGACGCAGCCUGUGCCUGGUCUGCCCAGCCUCAUUACUGACCACGGCUCUGCCAGUGACUCAGACUCGGACAGCGGAAUAACACACAGUCAUAUGGGCUUCCUGGUUUCAAAGACCUACACUGUGUCAGAAGAUGGUUAUGGUUGCCUGUCAGGCCUCAUACCUGCUCUGGAGCUCAUGGCCCUUUAUGUGGCUGCCGCAAUGCAUGACUACGAUCACCCUGGGCGGACUAAUGCUUUCCUGGUGGCCACCAGCGCCCCACAGGCAGUGCUCUACAAUGAUCGAUCGGUUCUGGAAAACCACCACGCUGCCUCAGCCUGGAACCUCUUCAUGUCUCAUCCAGAGUACAACUUCCUCGUGAACCUGGACCACGUGGAGUUCAAACGUUUUCGUUUCCUGGUCAUUGAGGCAAUACUGGCCACCGAUCUGAAGAAGCACUUUGACUUCCUAGCCGAGUUCAAUGCCAAGGUGGGCGAUGAUCCAUCCACAGGUAUUGAUUGGUCUAAUGAGAAUGACAGGUUGCUGGUGUGCCAGAUGUGCAUUAAACUGGCUGAUAUCAAUGGGCCUCUGAAGUGCAAGGACCUUCAUCUGCAGUGGACUGAGGGCAUCGUCAACGAGUUCUAUGAGCAGGGUGAUGAAGAAUCCAGCCUGGGCCUUCCCAUCAGCCCCUUCAUGGACCGAGCGGCACCACAGUUGGCCAAACUCCAGGAGUCGUUCAUCACACACAUAGUGGGACCGUUGUGCAACUCCUACGACUCAGCGUGCCUCAUACCUGGACGAUGGGUGGAACCCGACCCAGAGGCAGACGAGCCGGAGAUCACAGAGAACGAGGAGGAUGAGGAGGAUACUGCAGAGGAAGACACGUCCACCAGCUCAGAAGCAUCACAGAAAGCAGCUCCCAAGAAGAGGAGGAAAGUCUUCUGCCAAAUCACCCAGCACUUGCUGGAGAACCACGAGAUGUGGAAGAAGGUGAUCGCGGAGGAGGCCCAGAAACAGGGCCAAGGAGCGGAGUCUGUCCAUUUAAACAAUGUAGCUGAGCCAAUCCUGGCUAUUCAUGAGGAGGAAGAGGAGCCAGGCAGCAGAGAGGAGCUGGUAGAAGGAGAGGAUCCAGAGGAAGGAGUGGAGGACCCGGAGUGGCCAGUGUCUCCGCAGGAAGACUCUAAACCUCCAGAGGGACUAGCGGAGGGCGACCCACAGUGAAACAGCCCUUGGGAAAUAUGGAGUUGGACAAGGAAAGGACGUGAAGAAGUACUUCUUGUUUUCUUAUCCUGUCAACUGACUCCUGUUUUUGCCAGCACAUCACUUAGACACAACACUGUAGAUGUUUGGGAAAUGUGUGCCUAUACAGAAAAAAAAGAAAAACAGGGUGGGAAAAAAUGUGCUUUACCCCUUUUAUCUGAAUAUCUGGUUUCACCAAACAUUUAAAGGAGCUUUCCAUAUUGCAAUACAGGAUUAUUUGUGUACUUUGGGAUACAGACUCUUUUGCUACUGUCAAGAGAAGAGGAAGACUGGUUGCACAGACCUCAAGCCAGUGUGGUAACACGGGACUGCAGACAUUUCCUGCCAAUUUCUACAUAAUUAUUUUCUGAAUACAGUUAUAUAUAUAUAGACAUCACAGUUGCUUGUGCUUGUGUUUGAGUUUUAGCGUUGUCAGAUUUUUUGAGGUCUCACGUGAACCAUAAUAUGUUUUUUUUUUCUUUUAUAAAGGGAGUCAAUCAAAUAAGGAAGAUUGACAUGUUUCUUCCUUUCAGCGUCUGCCAAAAUUUCCCACAGACUUACAAAAGCAAAUAAUUAUACAUUUUAUCUUUCACAUUUGUAGCCAAAUUAAGUACUUUAUACCAUUAGGUGUAACCAUAUUAGUAGGAGGGAAGCUUGAGAACACUUGUGUGUGUGUGUGUGUGUGUGUGGGUGGGUGUUUCAUAGAUGUCUUCAGCAGAUUACCUGUUAUUUGUACCAUCUCUGGUCUCCGGUCCCGAGGUAAAUACAGUGUUCAUUAAAGGGUUCCACAUGUUGCAGCGUCCAGAGGCCUGCACUUAGGAGGACAGAUAUUGGAAAUGAAUCUGUGCUGAACAAAAGAAAAACCAAACAAGGAAACCAGUACACAAUACAUACACCAACGCUACCAAAGUAAGAUGUUAUGAAGAAUCAGAAAGCUUAAUCUAUCAACCAGAAAUCCCAAAGAAGAAUCAAAUAUAGGGUCCUUCAGAGUUCUUUGACAUCGACUAACCAACACAGCAUCCCCUGUUUCUUUCUAUCAAAUGUUUGCUCUCUGACUACGUGUUUGCGCUCAGUGUUCUGUAUUAUACUCUUCACAUACUGGUCGUCGUUGUGUAAAAACCCUCAAAUGAUGCUGACCUUUAACCCUCAGGACAAUAUCAACUUGAAAUUCAAAGUAAACAUCUGCAUCACUUGUGAGGACACUAAGUUAGACAUUUGCAGGUAUAGUAAGCUAGAUUAGAAUAUGCUCAUGAAGACUUAGAUUUGAGCUGAAGUUACAAAACCUCAAUUCUCUGCUCUCACUAUUAUAACAUCUUUACAGAUAAACACCAGGAAGUUCUUCUCCUGAUCCCUCACGGAGACGUCCACAUUCGUUCUCUCAGAGUUUAGGAUCUCCAGAGUGUAUCAGUUCUUCUGCAAGUCCAACCUGAUAAAUUACAACUGUUGCUGUGAUGAUACACAGGGAAAUAAGUUUGGCAAACUGAGAAAGGAAUGUUUUUUUUUUUCACUCAGAAAAUGUAGUUUGAGAUUCUAGUCAAGGUUGAUUAAAGAGUGAGCCAUGCUGGCAAGGUUUCAACACUCAAUAUGUAAGGUGGCCUGUCCUUCACUCAGAAUAUUCACACCAGUGCUGCAAGGUAAAUUUACUACUGUAGUUGUUGGAUGCCAGUAGAAAACAUUGUUCUUUCUUAAAUGAAAGGAUGUUCAGUGGAACCGAAUUAGUUAAAUAGAAUUUCUCACCACUCAAUUUUCUGUCAAAUUGCACUCAGUCCAUGUGAAUAUUGCACCACGUUGCACCACAUUCCCCCUAAACUUUUGCGCACCAUCACUUUUUGUUUUUUAGUGGAAAAUAACUUCGUGAUUAUACUCACACCUAUACUGCAGCUCUUUGGGUCACUUUUAUCUUAUUACUGCACCAUCACUGUGAAAAUUAAAAAACAACAAAAAACAUUGAACUUGUUAGUUUUGAUUAUCGUCACAGCAGACAUUUAAUUGUUGAAAUCGACAAAGCUGAGUUUCCUACUGAUAUAAAAAGCAUUGUUUCCAAAACAUGGCUUGCCAAUGGAAUUUCACAUAAUAGCAUUACUGCACAUAACAUGAUAAUAGGGUUAAAGUCAGUGGACUUGAAGUCACAUGAGAGGCCCCCUACACUCAGCUGAGAGACAGUCAUGAGGUAAACAAUAUAUCCAACUGCACAGUAGUUUAAGUAUAACGCAAAGUCCCCCACUGGUGAUGAAUACGACGCUCUGCUUGAAUAAUUCACAUUAACAUCGAGAAAGUGUUGGGGGACCGUAAGGACAUCUUCAUUCGAAUAAGUUAAGUGCUCUACGCUGAGUUUGCGGGUCAACUUUCUGUCACAUGCGAGUGCAGUGAGGCAAUGAAUUAUCCACUGCUAUUCUUUGCCAAGUUCUCAUGACCUACAUGCACAUCCGACUCGCUGGUAUCUCAUCUCACUGUUCUCUUCUGUAAUCUAAUUUCUGUAGACUGAGCAGCACAUGUCAGCGUGUUAGGAUACGAUAGAGCAAUUGUAAGAUAUAGGUGUAGAACAUCAUGUCCUCAUAUCCUUGCAGUUCUGUUACCAAAUUUAAUGUUCCUAGCUGUGGUGAAUAGCCCUCUACAUCCGCAACGGUCUGUUUACUGCCUCUCUGACUCUGUUACAGUGUUGGGGGGAGAGGAGGGGGGGAUUACUGCAGCUCAUGCUACACAAGUACCCACACAGGAUAAUUGGUUGACCCACUGAUUAGAAAGGCAUUAGACAGAGAAAGGGUUUAGCCCAAACCCUAUUUUAGGCCAAACUUGUUAGAAGCCACUGGAUCAGAACAACUUUUUUGGCCUCUGAAGUUCAUGCGUUGCAUCACUCAUUGUAUGUUGUAUACAGCAUGCUUGCUGGCCCCCGAUGAGAUGAGCUACAACCAUUACAGUCACAAUGGAUACAUUUUAUUCAGCUUCUGAAAAACCUAUGCUAUAUAGACAAGCUAUUCAAUGCAACACAGGCAUCUAAACUAAAAAAAGGUGCAGUUCAUCGUCGUCGUCAUCAGUAUCGUUCAUUGGGUGUGACUUCCACUUUUUUUUUAAAAAAAGCUUCCAACUUUUCAAAGCUUCUGCUUCACAAAUAGUAUAAAUACAGUAUACAGUCUGUGUGUGUGUGUGUGUGUGUGUGAGAGAGAGAGAGAGAGAGAGAGAAAGAGUUCAAGCAAGAGAGUGUGUGCUUGUGUCUAUUUGAAUUCUUCCAUCAGCCUCUCUAUUGUGAUUCUGUCCUGUAUUUGGCUAACUUUUACAGUUUAGUAGAGGGAGGCGCUACUUCCUGUCACAAGCAGGAGCAGUGAAAUAAUGAGGGAUGAAAUGAUGCAGUAAGUAGUUCUGUGAUUCUUCUCAGAUGAAAUUGUUAUUCUCAGAAGGUCCUAUAGCAUAUUUCUCCUUGCGCUUCCUCUUUGAUCUGCCACCUACUUAGCCUGCAGAUCCUCGCCGGCUGCAGCAGUGAAGCGUUCAUCACACAACGUCUCUCAUCUUUAAAGAAGAUGCGAUUCUGUUCACCAUGUCAGUUUGUUGUUUUGUUGUGUUUUUUUUUAUUUAGUCACAUCAGUUUUAACUCAAUACUUCCAUUUGAACUGAUUGUACAUCAGUUCUGUGUAUUUUUCACAUCUUAAUUGGUUUUAUUUGUCAUACUUAUUCACACAUGUAGCAUAAUUGUAACCGUGUGAACCAAACUAGCUUUACAAUUAUGUAAAAAAGAAAGAGAAAAACAAACAAACAAAACAAACAAAAAAACAAAAAAACAAAACCGAGAUGAGUAUUUUUAUAUAGUUGACACAUGAUUAACUUCUCACUGGUACCUUGCACUUACCACAUGUACUAAUACUUAAUACACAAGAACGAAUAUGUCCAAAUACACAGUAUUUGUGAAAGUAAAAUAAUUAAUUUUCUUGCAGGUUGAUGCUCCAUUUUGUACAAUAGACAUAUAUGCUGUACAGUAAAGAAAUUUUAAAACUACAAAAACUCUUUUAGAUAUACAUUAUUUAUUUUUACCAUUUUGUAAUUUAGACACUAUACUGUAGCUUCAAUAUUGCCAGACUUACUGGAAGUGCCUAUAUUGGUAUUAUGUAUCAUACAGUGAAUAUAUUUGAAGAUCAUUAGAAGUUGUCACAAACUGAACCAUGUGGAUGUUGUAAUGUGAAUACAAUGAAUUACAAGACUAUAA